AUGCUAGAAAAAUUUAAAGAAGAUGUGAAAGACCUGAAAACUGACUGGAUCGAAACUCUUGAUCUCGACCCUGAAGAUUUCUUCUCGGAGGAGGAGAAGGUCGCAUACUUUAGUAAAAAGAAAGAACUUGAUAAUGAGAUUUUGAGAAGGAAGAAUCUUGCUGCUUCUUAUGGAAAGAUCUACAACGAGGUCGCGAAUCUUUUCGAAAACAAAUUUGAGGAAAUUAAAUCGUCUUCUUUGCGCAUCCAGAAUCUUCUUCACCAGACACUUCGAAGUCUUUCAUCCAUCAACGACAAUUUGAGCGUCGCGGACCGUCCAGGAGUCAGCGAUCUUCUAUUGCAUCAUCGAAAUGUUGCGAUUGACAACACUGAUCAAAUGUACCAAGCACUCGAUCAAAUUAUUUCUGCCAUGUCAAAUCAAUGUCUGCUGAACGGAUCAUCGGGCUAUAAGAUCGGAAUAACAGCUGGUGGCUUUUCGCCAUUCUCCACUAAUACACGCGAAGCCAAAACAGAAGAUAUAGUCGAUGCAACUGGAGAAAUAAUUCAUCCUGAUUUACAGCUCGAUGAAGCUACAGGUCUGAUUCUCCUAAAAUCUGAAGCCAAGAUACUUGAGAACGGGGAAUUCAUUCCCUGCUACGAGGACAUGUUCUUCCAUCCACAAACACUGGAAGCGCAUAAAAUCGCGGGAAAUAUUUUAUAUGACGCCGCUACUGGACGAAUUUCCAUUGCAGUAGAUUCUGCCAUUGCUGCAUCAGACGAGUCAGAGUCACUCAUCCCCCUUCUUCCUUAUCCUCGUGAUCACCUUGGAAAUCCCCUUGAAAUUGAAUACUUAGAUGCACCAAAUCCAAUGAAGCUCAAGUAUGGAACAAGACUAGUGGAAAAAUCUAGUGGCCUUGCCGUGCCAGUCCUCGCAAUCACAGUUCACCCGAAAACAGGUCUCGUACAUGCUCUUGGAGCAAGCGCACUAUCCAACGUCACGAGUCUGAAAACACCUAUCGAACGAUACUUGGUAUUCGAUGAUGAAGACGGAACAUCCAAAAUGGUUAAUGGGUUGAAAUUCGAUGCCGAUGGCAAGAUCGUCCCUUCUUUCUUCUCGUCAAUUUCCGUGACCCUUGAAGGAGGAUUAAACAAAACUCCAGAAUUUGUGCACGAGUUAGCGCUAUCUAAUGGAUCUUAUUGGGGACAACUCGAAGCUACAAAAGCAGCUUGUCUUGCGCGAGUUCUAGAUUCUCUUGAUGACUUGACUGAAAACUUGUCAACGACCCUGAACGAUCCAGCAAGUGCGAGUGCAUCAGCUCUCGAGCACUUCUCAAAACAACUCACUGUUGCCGUCAAACAUCUGAAUCUGUCAACGGAUAAGCUAGUACAGGAAACAUUCAAGCGUGUUCUAAAUGUUACUCAACUAAAAGAAAAGAUCACAUCGGUUGAAGGAAACGGAGGAGUGUGCGGAUUGUACGAGUUCGACUCUGGUAACAUGUUCUUGCCAAUUCUUAUCGGCGAAAAAGUUCAAGACACAAAAGACGAGUCAGUUGCUAUGCCAAUUUUGGAUGUCGAAAUCGCCGAUGAUGGAAAUCUCCUCCCAGUCUUCGGAACAACAACUGAUCCAUUCUCUGGAGAAAAUAUAGCAAUCGAGCUUGGAGAUGAGACUGUUGAUGCGACCACUGCGGAGCAAGGUCGAAUCGUAGGAGCAUCUCGAGACAAAAAGACAAAUACCAUCUGUCCAACAGUUCAAGUUGGCAGUGCUCUUAACCCAGCCAAACCUCCCUUCGGUUCAGUUUCUGAGCUCCAGAACCAUAUCACAACUGUUAAUUCCGCAAUCGAGAAGCUUGUUAAAGCAAGUGAAACUGUUAGCUCGACGAUAUUCCAAGAAACAGAGUCGAAAAUGACCAUUAACGAGGGCUUGGCGGAGAUCAAAUCUGUAUUGGAGGAAAUGAUUAGUGCCGCGGAAGAUGUUCAAGGCUCAAUGGAGAUUGACAUCGUAUCCACUCUUGGAAAAUUGAUGUCUAAUGACGUUCUCUACUAUUUGGAUCAAAACCCGACGGAUGUAUCGAACCACGCUAAAGAUCUUUCAGCACUGGCCGGGGAAAUGAAACAGACCAUGAACAAAUUUAAAACCCGAUCGCAAGCUAACUUAGUUCGAAACUCUUUGUCAACAUCAUUGGGAAAAUUCCGUUUCGAAAUGAUGAAGCUAAACCAGUCGCAAGUACUAAUUCGACAGCAGCAGAUUCUUGCAGAAAGUCGCCUUGUGACUGACUUUGGAACUCGAGCAGAAAGCAACAUGUACUAUCAUGGUCUUUUUGUGAAUGUUCACGUGAGCACUCGUGACGAGAUGCUUCCUGUUCUGAAGAAGCUGGCAGAAUAUCUUGAAAAGGGACUGAGCAUGUAUCUGACGCCCGAAAUGGUUGAAUAUCUGGAAUCUGCCUGCGCAAAACUCAAAUCUCGCGAAGUGGAUGAAGUUAUAACCAACAUAAAAGAAAAAGUAGAAGAAAUUCAUUUCACCACCGACGCCCAACCAGCUGCCAUGACCAGUAACGAUGAAAAUGAGCGGGAUGAAAAGGCAAUUCUGAUUCAUGAGGGUAAUCAACAGAAAAUGCGAAUUGAAAACGCAGAGAGGUAUCGUGAAGCCAUCGAGAAGCUUGAGUCUGAGCGAGAGGCCUUCAUUGACGAGAACAUUCUUGAAGUCCAGACGAUCAGCAAAAACGACGAGGAGUUCAACGCUCAAGCGGAUCACUUCUCAGCUACUCUAGCCAAGAUCGACGAUGAUCUACAAUGGAACAACAGGCUUCUCGCUGAAGAGACUGCUCGAAACACCAAGCGCUCUUCUGACCAGGCCCGACCAGAUGGAGCGGAAAUUUACCUAGAGGAUGAUCUCAAGGCAGAUUUGAGCGAAAUCGAAGCACUUGAACGAAAAAUGCUGGAUGAAAUCGAUGGUUUUGAGGAUUAUGUCGAAGAAGCGAAUGAAGACCUCGCUGAUAAACUGAAAGGACUCAACUUUGAGUUUUCUUCAAAACAAGGCGACGAAGUCGACAAUAUCAUCAAUGAGUGCUCUGAAAAGAUUCGAAAACGAAAGGGUCGACGAGCUCCUCGUGCUCUUUUGGAAACAGAACAUGAUCUUACUGUAAUGUACGAGCAACUAAAAAAGGCGGCCGAAAACGAUCCCGAGGCUCAACGUCUUCUUAGCGAGUUAGAUGUCGUGUUCGACGCACACAUUCUUGCUCGAAACGAGGCAAAGAGAAAACACAAAGAUCGACUUGAAGCUCUUGCCCGGCAACGAGCUGCUCGUAUGGCCGCAGCUAGAAAGCCAGAAGCGCUUACCAAUGACAUCAACGGUGAGGUGGAAGAAGUAAACAAGUCUUCUACUGUCAGUGCUGAAGAGGCGAAAAUCCAAGAGCUCGAAAACGAAUUCAAUGAAAAAAUCAACGAGAUCAACAAAUCUUGUCACAAGGACUCUGAUGAGCUCGACGAGCAACUUCGAAAUAGAAAUUUGGCUGAUGAUAUGAUCAAGGAUCUGAAAAUCCGAAUGGCAAAGGUAGAAAAGAACCGGCAGCGACAAAUCAAGGCAGCGAUUGCGUUGCGCACAGCGAAACUUCAAGCGGCUAAACGACGAAAAGCAACAGCCGAAGCCUCUGAAGUGAUGCAAUCCAUGGCAAACAUUUCAGAUCUUGGCGAUGUCACCGAAGAAGACAUUCGAAACCAGAUCCUCGAAGAAGUGACAAACGGUAAAGAUGCGAAUCAGGCCGUCAAAGACGUUCUCCAAGCACGUCAUCGACAGGAAAUUCUUGAUAUGUCUCGCAGACAUCAGUGUGAAAUCGAAGCGGCAAAGAAAGUGGCGUUGAACGAAGCACGUGAUGCAAGAUACCUGGAUCGCAACGCAAUUGUGGAGCAGUUCGACCGGGACGUGUUGGAAUUGAGCACAAGAGACAUCGAUGACGCAGAGUACGACGCUGAGUUUAAACGACUCAAGGCUCAGCUCACGGCAGAGUUGAAAGCAUUUGACGAAGAAACGGAACGGUUAGGUGACAGAAUCUUCAACGAAAAGCGCAAGGGACUUGAUGUGAAACAAUCGGCAGAGCAUCUUGGCUUACUGGAACGUCAAUUAAGCCAAAUCGACGAGGAAAUUCGUAAAUGUACAAGUGAUGCGCAAAUUCAGUACGAGCUUCAGCAAAACCGUCUAAAAGCCCAACAGAAGCACCAAGCGGAGAUGGACGAAGCUGCCCGACAAAAAGCUCUGGAAGAGGAAGAACGACUUCGGCAACAACAAGAAGAUUUGUUGAAUAAGAAGAAUCGAUUGAAAUCGGACAAACAAUCGGAGAAAGAACGCCAAAAAGCAGCCGAGGAAGCUGAAAAGGCGAGAUUAGAGGCAAUGGUUCUGGCGAAUGAAGAGCGCGCGAGAGUCAAACUCGAAAAUGAGAGAAUACAAAUUGAAAGCUCGAAUAAGAACGACUCGGAAAAAGAAAAACUCCUGCGUGAACUUGACGCCAAGCAUGCAAAACAAGCAGCUGAUCGGGCAGCGCAAACCGACAAGGCAAGGAGUGAGCUUGAAAAACGACUUGCAGCUAGAAGAGCGCGUGCAGCGGAAUAUGCUGAAGAAGAAUCGCUCGCGGAGGAGGAAAUUUCCGAGACGCCAGCGCAGAUUCUUAUAAAAAGUGAGCAGCCUCAGCAGAAGAAGUCCACAGUUGAUCAUAGCCAGGUUCUCCUUAAAUCUGGUUUGAUUGAAGAUCUCUCAGCGCUUGAAGCGAUUCUAAAAGCUUCGAUAAGCUUACAGACGGGAGACAAUUCGCAAUCUGCUCACUCAGAUCUAUUCCUUGCCAAGCAAGAUCAGCUGAGAAAGACUUCUCCUGGUCUGGUGAUCAUUCAUCCUUCUGAUCUUUCUACCCUUGAGUUCGUCGGUUACCGACUAUUCCAGCGUCAAUUUGAGUUGCUUUCGCGAGUUUUCCAUCUCGAACCUAUCACGAUUAUGAUUGCCAACGAGUUCCCCGCUCAAGAGGAAAGAAAAUCCUUCGCACCAUCGUUCUACAGUUAUCAAAAUGGCAUCGCACUUUUGGACCAACAACAUCUCAAGUCCUCGGGACUGAUGUCAGUGAUGGCUGCUCAUCUAGCAAGUCACCUGGCCGCCGAUUCACAUUUCAUCGACUCUGACGUUGUCUUCAAGAGAACCUUUUUCCGCGCAGUCAGCCUUUUGUGCGCGCAGAUACCCGCCGAAAGCCUCCAUUCUUCCACUGGUGAAGAAAUUCUUGACUACACAAGCAAGGGUCAAAAACUCCGUGAAGCAAAAUACAAGGAGCACCUUCGAAACGCGCCUCAGGCGAGCUCACAUAUCAAACAUCAGAGAAGCGUCACGGAGAACAAGGCGAAAACAACGCAAAAACUCGGACAAGCUCUAGAACUCAAGCAUGACAUCGUCCUCAGUGGAGAAAAUAAAAAUUCGAGCGCUGAAGAUUACUUUGAUCGCUUGUGUGCCCAAAUGUUCGAUGCUUUGCAAGAGGAAGAUGAAGACAGAAUUCAAGCAUUGCAGAAAAAACUCGAAGCAGCAGCUCUAUAA